AUGAGAUUAUGGAAGCCAUAUGAGCGUACAGUUGAGGCCCUUUACUGUCAUGGAUCGCUUACCCCCGAAGAAGAGGGGCAGUAUCUUCGCCUUCAUCAGGCAAUAGGCGACACGCCGACAUGCAUUGUGCCUUCUUAUGGCAACCUGAACAAGUCUGAUACGCCCGCUAUUCAUGCUGCGUUCAAAAAGUGCGGAAAGGGCGGUCGUAUUAUCUUCAAGGAGAAUACUACUUAUGCUUUGAACGAACUCACGAUUCUCACCCCAUGCAAGAGUUGUACGGUUGAGCUCGAAGGUACCCUUCGUCUCUCGGACAAUAUCACAUACUGGUUAAAGAAUGCGACGAAUCCUGCAAACCUUACCUCUGCUACAUACCCUAAUCUUGUCUACUAUCCCUUCCAGGAUACAUUUUCGUACCUUAUUCUUAAGGACUGGAAGAAGUCCUCGCUGGUUUCAAAGACUGGGAAGGGUCUCAUCGACGGUGCGGGCCAGCUUUGGUGGAAUGCAUUCGCCGGGCAAGAAGCUCUCGACCCCGAACCCUGCCAAUUGGUUCAACUGGGUAUUGACAGCAAAUACCUCAACUACACCAAUAUUCGUCUUUCCGCGUUGUCUACCAACAAGAAUCCACCUAAGAAUGCAGAUGGAUGGGACACUUAUCGCACCUCCCACUUUGUCCUUCGUGGCGCGCACGUGGUUUCUGGUGAUGACUGUUUCAACUCUCAUGGUGUCAGUGUUGGCAGUCUCGCGCAGUACCCAGGCGUCUUGGAUCGGGUAGAACAUGUCAAAGUUAAAUAUUACUUUUGUCGGAAAUGGGGACAGCUCCUCAAAUGGUGCCCGUAUCAAGAUCUGGGCCGGACCGUUGGCUCGGCCAUCGUCAACGAUAUUCACUAUGAGGAUCUCACGGUUGACAAUGUAACGAAUCCUCUGGUUGUUGAUUCGUGCUACUUCAGCCAGGCGUAUUGUGCUACCGGCAAGCCUGUCGCAAGCAUCACCGAUGUUACUGUGACUAACAUUCGCGGCAAUUCGACUGGGGCUGUCGUUUCGUCUAUUAUCUGUCCCGAGGGUUCGACAUGUGACAUCAAGUUCAAGAAUGUGGAUAUCAAACCGAAGAAUGGUGCUGCUCCAGUAUACAGGUGUUUUAGCGUUACCAGCGAGGAUCUGGGUGUAAACUGCACCUACCCCACGAUCGUGAAUGGAACUUUCAAGUGGCCGGCUUGA